AUGACCAUGUCAAAAGAGAGUUACAACAUCUAUAACGCUGUGUAUGCCAUGGCCCAUGCCCUCCACCAGAUGUUUCUUCGUCACAUGGAAGAGCCAGGAAUGCACAGUGGGAAACCAAGGGCAUUUCUCCCUUCACAGCUGCAUCCCUUUUUGAAGAAGAUCAAAUUUACCAAUCUUGUUGAAGACCAAGUGAUUUUGAAUGAAGAAAGGAAAUUGGAGGCAGAGUAUGACAUUAUGAGCUUUUGGAAAUUUCCAGAAGGUCUAGGACAAAGGGUGAAAGUUGACCAGUUUUCUCCAACUAUGCCACAUGGCCAACAACUGAUUUUGUUUGAAAAUCUGAUAAAGUGGCCCACGGGAAUUACCAAGCAUCCUCUCCUGAUCACUUUCUCUGAAGAUGGCAGACACAUUUGCACAGAGAAAUCCGUAGCAUGCAGCAAAGGAGAUGUGGUCAUUGCUGAAUUUUACUCCCUCUAUUCUUGGGAAUUGGUCGUUCAAGGCUUGAAUGACCCUACCCUGCAGCAACAGAACAUUCAGAUCAACUUAAAGAAAUACCAAUUACUUCUCACCCUGGUGCUGGCUGUGGAGGAGAUCAACAAGAAUCCCCAUCUGCUACCCAACAUGACUCUGGGGUUUGAGAUCUAUACUGUGCAUUAUUCAGGUACUGAUCUGUUAGAGGAUCCACUCACCUGGCUGUCUGGGAAGAAUAAAAACAUCCCUAAUUACACCUGCAGAAGAGACAGCAAAGCUAUAGCGGCACUCACAGGAACCUCAAGCACAUUUGUCCCAAUAGGGACACUGCUGGACCUCUACAAACUUCCACAGUUCAUCUUUGGGGCUUUUGAUCCUCUCCUGAGUGACCAUGGAAAGUUUGGUAUUGUCUAUCAGAUGGCUGCCAAGGACUCAGGUCUAGCCCUGGCCAUGGUCUCCUUGAUGCUUCAUUUCAGCUGGAACAGGGUGGCACUAUUCAUCACCGAAGAAAACUAUGGAAUGUGGUUCCUCUCAGAAUUGAGGGAAGAGAUGGGCAAGAGUAGAGUCUGCUUUGCCUUUGAGAACAUGAUCACUUACAAUGUCCUUUCAGAUAUAUCAGAUGAUCUAUCGAUGCAGCGCCAGCUAAUGGACUUAUCAACCAAUGUGAUUAUCAUUUAUGGGGACAGUAAAUUUCUACUAAGCUUUAUUCUUAAAUGUAGGCACUUUUUAAUUACAGGCAAAGUCUGGGUCCUGAACUCACCCUAUGAUGAUGUGACUAUUGCUAAAAGACAUUUUCUGAUUGACUCUUUCCAUGCACCUCUUAUCUUCUCUCACCAUCAUAGAAACACUGCUGGGUUCACCAAUUUUAUUCUGACAGAGUCCUUCUCCAAGAACUCAGCAAAUAACUCCCUUCCCAGGUCAUGGAUUCAGUCUUUUUAUAGCCUACUGAUUAAGUCUGACUGCAGAGACUUGGGGCACUGUUCAUACAAUGCCACACUGCAUUGGUUGCUGAGGCACAUUUUUGACAUGACCAUGUCAGAUGAGAGUUACAACAUCUACAAUGCUGUGUAUGCUGUGGCCCAUGCCCUCCACCAGAUGUUUCUUCAUUACAUGGAAGAGACAAGAGUGCACAAUGGGCAACUCACGGCAUUUCUCUCUUCACAGCUGCAUCCCUUUUUGAAGAAGAUCCAAUUUACCAAUCCUGUUGGAGACCAAGUGGUUUUGAAUGAGGAAAGGAAAUUGGAGGCAGAGUAUGACAUUAAGAGCUUUUGGAAUUCUCCAGAAGGUCUGGGACAAAAGGUGAAAGUUGGCAAGUUUUCUCCAUCUAGGCCACAUAGUCAACAACUGGUUUUGUUUGAAAAUCUGAUAGAGUGGCCCAUAGGAAUUACCAAGGUGGACAUGGAGCAGUGUGUCAGGUGUGCAGAUCAUCAGUUUGCCAACAUGCAGAGAAAUCACUGCCUGAGGAAAACUGAGGGCUUCCUGGCUUAUGAAGACCCCUUGGGUAUGGCUCUGGCUUGCACUGCUCUUUGCUGCUCUGCACUCACAGCUGCUGUUCUUGGGGUGUUUAUCAAGCACGAAGACACCCCUAUUGUCAAGGCCAAUAACUGGGCCCUCAGCUACAUCCUGCUCAUCUCCCUCAUCUGCUGCUUCCUCUGCUCCUUGCUCUUCCUUGGCCGUCCCCACACAGCCACCUGCAUCCUGCAGCACACCACAUUCGCAGUGGUCUUCACUGUGGCUGUCUCCACGGUCCUGGCCAAGACCAUCACUGUGGUUCUGGCCUUCACGCUCACUGCUCCAGGGAGAAGCACGAGGCAGUGGCUGCUGUUCUGGGUUCCUAACCUCCUCAUCCCCAUCUGCACUCUCAUCCAGGUGACCCUCUGUGGCCUCUGGCUGCGAAUCUCUCCUCCCUUUGUGGACAAAGAUGCACAAUCUGAACAUGGCUACAUCAUCAUCCUGUGCAACAUGGGCUCUCUCACUGCCUUCUACUGUGUCCUGGGAUACCUUGGCUCUCUGGCCCUGGCCAGCUUCACUUUGGCUUUUCUGGCCAGAAACCAGCCUGACACCUUCAAUGAGGCCAAGUUCCUGACCUUCAGCAUGCUGGUGUUCUGCAGUGUGUGGCUCACCUUCCUGCCUGUCUACCACAGCACCAAGGGGAAGGCCAUGGUAGCCGUGGAGGUGUUCUCCAUUUUGGCCUCCAGUGCAGGUCUCCUAGGCUGCAUCUUUGCCCCCAAGUGCUACAUCAUCCUGAUAAGACCUGAGAGAAAUUCUUUCUCCAGGUUCAGGGAGAGAUCAGGUUCUGGAAGAAACAAACAUUAA